AUGAUGUAUUCUUGUGACAAUAGUGUUAUGCCGUCAAAACCUGUUGCACGUUUAGUAUCUGUUUGUCAAAAAGAAGAUUUAGCUUCAUUUGACACGAGACAAAUACCAAUUAGUCUAGAUGAUACGCUCAUUAUGAAACUUCAAUUUUACGAUUAUUGUUUCCCGUGUGACCCAACUCGUUAUACUAAAUUGAAAAGUUUUGAUACAUUUUUACGACGUUAUCAAACGUUGACACAUGAUGAGAUAUUUGAAACAUUGUGUGUAUCAAGUUCUCAACUGCAUAAUGCUGUUACCAAUUCCGUAGCAUGUAUUGGCUGUCGAAAAAGUAUCGAAAACUUUUUGAAAUCCUUAAUGGAAUAUCGUCAUCCGGCUUUAGAACCAUUAUCUGUUACGCAACAAGGAACAUUAACAUUGGAAAAAACGUAUUGUUCAGAUCCACAAAACAUCUAUACUCUACUUUAUGUAAAUGGAUCUAAAUUAAAUACGUUCAUCGAUAGUAUUCCGAAAUCAAAAAAGAAUCGUCGUUGUUUUAUUCAUUCGUUAGAUAAAUCCAGAUCGAUAAAUGAUUGGCAAGAGGUUUGGGAACGUAUGUCACAAGAAUGUCGGGAGGAAGCAAUAUUGGUUGAUUCAGAUGGCCUAUUAGAUACACUGGAAAAUUAUCUUCGUAAACACAAGUUUUGUUCUGAAUGCAAAACAAAAGUUUUACGAGCCUAUGAUAUUCUUGUGAAUAAUGUUGAUCAUACGAGAGAAAAAGGUUUUUGUUCAGCAUUGUAUGAUGGUUUAAGAUGUUGUUCACACGAUAAACAUAUUCAUGUUCAAGCUGAAAAAGGAUUUGUUGGUAGUUUGAUACUACGUGCUGAGCAAGAAAUUCAGGAAAGUCGACGCGAAAGACAUGCAAAAACAUUAGAUAUAGCUCAAGAAGAAAUUUUAACUUGUUUGGGUUUUUAUCUAUAUGAACGAUUUCAUAAAAUCUCUCAAACAAUGCGUUCUGAAGAACAAACAUGGCAAUUAUUAUUUUAUAUUGGCAUUGAUUGUUUGAGACGAAAUUUCGAAAUUGCUGUUGAGAGAAAACAAGGUUUCAGCACAUUAGAAUUAUUAUAUGAAGAAUUUCGAGCUCAGGAAGAAGUACAAACGUUCAAAAAACAACAACGACGUCUAAAACGAAAGUUACGAAGACAAAUGAAAAAUCACAAUGCAAACGAAAUAAUAGACAAUGUCAUAAAAAUCACAAAAAUGAGUGAUAAUAAUUUGGAUUUAAGUCCUACGCCUGUGGUUAUUAGUAAUCGUAGACGAAAUAGUAGUUGUGAGAGUGAAUGUAGUUGGUCCAGAAAAAUGAAUCGAUCUUCCAAUAGUAAUAAAAAAUCUUCAAAAAAUAGCGAUAAUAAUAGUAAAAUGUGUGAUCAACUGUUUUCGUUAUCAUCCACAUCUAAAGUCCAAUCUUGUCCAUCUUCACCUCUCGCGUGUUCCGGUCAUAAAAAAACACCAAUGCGUCAACCAGCGCGCACAAGUUCUGACUCUUGGAUAGAACAAACUGAAACAGCAACAGCAACAACGCUUGUGCAAGAAACUGAACUUAUUCAUCAUUUUCAUUGUCCGUUAUCAAAACGCAGUAGUGAUUUUUGUCAAUGUGUCAAUGAUGUGUGUCAUAAACAAAAACAAUCUGAAACAUGUUUAUGUGAAAAUGUUCAACAAUUAUCAUCCACAUUUUCUUGCUCACAAGAGACAUUAUUUUCAUCUUCCUCAUCAUCAUCUUCUUCACGAAUAUGUCCUUGUCAUAAACAAAAUGGUUCCACAGCAGAUGGUACUCGAACAGAUCUUGGCUAUUCAUCAGGCCAAGAUGAUGUUUGUGAAUGUUCUUGUUCUACAGCUGACCAUUCCACUACUAUUUGUCCUACGUUAAACGAUGAAGAAAGUUCCUGUUGUAUACUGCCUCAUUGCCAACACAAUACAAUAAACUGUCAUAAUAAAGAUAUUAAACAGACGGUUGACACCUGUCAAUGUUCUGAAUCUCUUUGUAAAACAUUAGAAUUAUUUGAUGUCUAUCGAACAAGAAAACUAAAAGUAGGCGUAUUUUCUUUGACAAGUUAA